AUGGAGCACUGCGCCGAUGGGCACACUAACAAUUUCUAUAUUCGUUGCCCUGCUUGCUAUUUGAAAUUCGGCGACACGGAGGCACUUCUCAAACAUGGGGACGAGAAGCAUUUUGUAUGCUGGGCCUGCGAAAAGAUAUUCACCACAUCCGAUGCAUAUGCGAAACACAACGAAUCUGAACACCACUAUUGUCGUGAAUGCGACAGAUUCUUUAUCUCCUCGCAAAAUAAUCUGGAACAACACCAUGCUUCAUCUCGUCACACACCAAAAUUGAUACAAUGCCCAGGAAGGCUGUGCGGCAAGAAAUUCACCCACUUGUCCUACUUGGUUCUCCAUGCAGAGACUGGCACCUGCCCAUCUGGCAUUACGCGAAAGGACAUCAACGCAUUUAUCGCACGGUACGAUAGAGAGAACGUCAUCACAAAUCCUGCGCGCAUGAUAAAUGGACCCGACGGGACGAAAUACCCUUCUUCCGAACCCGAAUAUUAUGCGACCGAACGUUCUUGGAAUGGCCAGGCAUACGAAUGCUUUUUGUGCAGGAAGGAAUUUAGGACGUUAUACGCACUCAAUCAACACCUGAGGAGCCCGCGCCACCUCCAGAAAAUGUACCACUGUCCGAAGCGCGGCUGCAACAAGGAGUUCAGCGCACUCAGUUCUCUUUGCCAGCACGUCGAAGGAGGCUCGUGCGGUGCACGCCAAAUGGGUGUAGUCGAGGACGUGAUGGAAUACCUAGAACGAGGAAUGGGAUUAAUGACUGUGUAA